CGAGCGGCGGGCUGACUCGACGCUGCUACAGCGGGAAGGGAUAUGGGUGUUGAGUUUCUGCUGGAGGGGCUUUGCGGGGGAGGGGAGGCCUAGGUGCACCAACAGCCGCCGACCUUCAGGCUCUACCCUCCUCCUUCCUACCUUUUACCCCUUUACAGAUGUUGCGGGACGGGAGGCAGGGCCAGGGCUGUGCGUUUGUGACACCUGCAUUUCCCUAGAGCCCUCCUUCUCUCCCAUCCCAUAUGUUUAUCUUGCCUUCCAGAUGUUCCUUUUCAUCAGGCUCUUGCUUCUCGCCAGGGAAAGCGCACUCCACUUGGAAGCUGGAGACGGGUUUCAGACUUUGGCCCUACCACUCCUUUGUUAAAGUGCCCGAGCCUCAGUUUUCCCCACAGUCUUUUUGCCUUGCUUCAUCUGGUUUUGAAGAUCAAUAUGACCCAGAGGAAUAGAAAGGAAAUGGACAUUUGUUCAGUUCCUGCAAGGCCAAGUACUAUGCAAACUGUUUUAUCUGCUCCAUUUAGUCCUCACUACUUGAUGUUCUUAGAACUCCCAUUUCACAGAUUCUUAAGCUCGCAGAGGUUCGCUGAUUUUUCUCACAUAGCCAGUGAGUGGCAGAGGAGGACUCAAAUUGAGUUUAGCUCCAAAGUGGAGUUCUUUUUCAUCAAACGCUUCCCUUGUCUGGGCUAUCAGCUGGAACUGUUCUUCAGCCAAACCCUAGCCCCAGAACAGUUGCUUCCUGAAUCUCUCCCGUUGAGAAUUCUCCUUUUCGAGUUCCUUUUUCCAGUACAGCGUGCUCUGCUCUGCUUCCACCUUGAUUACUUCAGAAAUGAAAUGCAGCAAACAUUUAUUGAGUGGUGCCUGGAGAUGAACACUUGGAGUCAAGAGCCUUGGGUUCUUGUCCUGGCUCUGCCGCUAACUGGCUGUGUGGCCUUGGCCAAGUCCCUUGUCUUCUUGGUGCUUUCACUUCCUUUGAGUAAAAUGGGUAAGUGCCUUCUUACUGGCAGGCUCUUGUCCAGGUCUCCCUUCCUGUCCUCCAGCAGGCUCUCCCUGGAGGCCCAGACCCCUCUGCUCCCCAUGGGCAGCUGCCAGGCAGGGCACAACCUGCAUCUCUGCCUGGCCCACCACCCACCUCUGGUCUGUGCCACUUUGAUCUUGCUGCUUCUUGGCCUUUCUGGCCUGGGCCUUGGUGGCUUCCUCCUCACCCACAAGACUGGCCUGCGCAGCCCUGACAUCCCUCAGGACUGGGUCUCCUUCUUGAGAUCUUUUGGCCAGCUGACCCUGUGCCCCAUGAAUGGGACAGUCAAAGGGAAGUGGCGUGGGUCUCACGUCGUGGGCUUACUGACCACCUUGAACUUCGGAGAUGAUCGAGACAGGAACAAGACCCAGACAUUCCAAGCCCAGGUCCAGGGUAGUCGUAUGGGAUUGAAAGGAUCUUCUGCAGGAGAGCUGGUCCUCAUUACAGCCAGGGUGACCACAGAAAGGACCCCAGGAACCUGCCUGUAUUUUAGUGCUGCUCCAGGAAUCCUGCCCUCCAGCCAGCCACCCAUGUCCUGCUCGGAAGAGGGAGCAGGAAAUGCCACCCUGAGCCCUAGGAUGGCUGAGGAGUGUGUCAGUGUCUGGAGCCACGAAGGUCUUGUGCUCACCAAGUUGCUCACCUCCGAGGAGCUGGCUCUGUGUGGCUCUAGGCUGCUGGUUUUGGGCUCCUUCCUGCUUCUCUUCUGUGGCCUUCUCUGCUGUCUCACUGCUGUGUGCUUCCACCCACGCCGGGAGUCCCACUGGUCUAGAACCCGGUUCUGAGGGCACUGGCCUAGUUCCCGUCUCGUUCUCAGGUCAUGCUGCUGUGAAGGGCCUCAGCCUCCUGAAGGGAUAUGACAGAUUGAGUUUUCUCAGCAAAGAUUCCUCGAACUUGGGAGCCCACGACCAGGCUGGAUAGUUACUAACCAGGACAGUCCGUUUUCC